AUGCAGGCAGACGAAAUUAUAUGGAGCACCAUAAAUCAUCAGUUCUGUUCAUUCAAAGUCAAGACGACCACACAAAACUUUUGUCGAAAUGAAUUCAAUCUGACGGGUCUAUGCAAUCGCCAGUCAUGUCCAUUGGCAAACAGUAGAUAUGCUACUGUCAGAGAAAUCGACGGAGUUGUAUACCUGUAUCAAAAGACGAUUGAACGAGCUCAUACUCCUUCCAAGUUAUGGGAACGUAUCAAGCUAUCAAAGAACUAUGCUCAAGCACUUGCAAAGAUUGAUUCAGAGCUUGAAUUCUGGCCAAAGUUUAUCGUCCACAAGUGUAAACAAAGGCUUACCAAAAUCACUCAAACUCUCAUUCGAAUGCGUCGAUUGAAACUAAAGACACAACAAAAGCUAGUAGCUGUAAAACCAAAGAUAGAACGUCGCGAAAAGACUCGAGAACGAAAAGCUCUCGCUGCAGCCCGUCUCGAAAAGGCCAUCGAAAAAGAAUUACUGGAGCGUCUCAAACGAGGUGUUUACGGUACCGAAGGAAUUGUCAAUGAGCAACAAGAAGCAUUCGCAAAAGCUCUUGAUCAAAUGGCCGAAGAUGAAGAGGAAUUGGAUGUUGAUUUCGAUGCUGAAUCUGAAACUGUUGGUACCGAAGGUGAAGAAGAAGAGGAAGAGGAGGAUGAAGAUGGAGUUGUACGAGAAUAUGUAUCUGAUUUAAGUGAUGAGGAAGAGGAAUUCGAAAUUGAGGAUCUUGUAGAGACAUUGUCUAGACGUAAACAGCAAUCACGCUUACAGCGAGAUGAUUCCGAUUCGGAAGAUUCGGAAAUGGAUGAAGAGGAUGAUGAGAAUGCUGAUAGCGAAUCACUAAUAUCUGGGUCUAGUCGGACUACUGCUACAUCUGUUGCAUCUAGUAAAGCCACCACAGCUUCGGCUGCAUCUAGUAUACGACAGAAGGGUAAACGGCCUGCUUCUGGUAAAGCUGCCAAGUCGACUCCAAAGAGACCACGUGGAGCUCGUGUUGAAGUUGAAUAUGAAGAGGAACGUGAGCCAGAUAGAACCACUCUUACAAAUGCUUCUAGACAGUGGUAA